AUGCUACCAUCUCCUUUGAACACGAUGAAAAUCUGUAUCUUUUCUGAUUCGGAUUCUAAACAAGAGGAAGCAGAACCCAACAGAGAUUAUACACGCAUGGAUUCAUCUUCACCACCUCCUAGUCUUGACGAUUCUUCUUUGCUUCCACUCUCAACGACUCUCUUCCGAAGUGAAAGUAAAAUGGACAAACACAAGGAAGAGCAUGACGAAAAGUAUUUGCCAUCAUCACGAUGUGUCAAUCAGGUCAUAGACCAAAUUUCACAAAUGAAACUCUUGCCUCGAAAAGCUGCUGCAAUUUACAUUGAUCUUGACAAUUUCCCAAUUCGUGCAGACUCUUAUGCAGACUAUUCGAACCUGUUGGAGGAAAUAGAAAACAAGUAUCACUUCAAAAUCAUUUCAAAGAAAAUCUUUGGUGAUUUGAUGCAAUUCUCAAAACUUCCAGUGGAAUUGCAAUAUUCUCAUCAACUCAUUAAUUGUCCUAAAGUGAAUUCUAGAAAAAACACGACUGAUAUUGCUCUCGCCAUUGACAUUGUUCGUGACUUGGAACGAAAGAAAAAUUUUGAGUGUUUUAUCAUUGCGUCGAGUGAUUCUGAUUUUGUUCCAGUUGUUAGGGCAAUUAUUGAAGAAGGUAAGGAAUGUUGGCUGUUGCCCUCACACACAACACCGCAUGAAAUUUUGACUGGGUUAUGUACAGGGGUGUUGCAAUGUGGUAACAUGUUAAAGAAACCUAAUAUUGGUUGUGAGCCCACAAGCCCCACAACAACAUGUGAAGAAGCCGAGCCUGUAUCUUCAAGCCCAAAAAAUACAAAGGCUUCAUCUCCCAAGUUGUCUCCAAGAAAAGAAUCAAAGAAUGGUGUCACCCCUUCACAAAAUAGCCUCAUUCUUGAAUCUCCCGUAACAAGCAUGAAACAGGUCAACUCACUCUCAGCUUUAAGUCAAUUAUUGAAACCAACCAAGAAUACUGAUCUAGAUAUAACCAAGAAUAUAAUUACUAAUAUCGUGAAGAAAUUGUACUUUUCAGGAGCCUCAACUUUCAAUAUGUCGUUCAUUCAUGAACGUCUAAGGGAAAGAGGAGUGCUGUACAAAUCUCUAGGUUAUUCAUCUUUCAAAUUAUUAUUUGAUGAAUGGAAACAAGAACACCCACAAUUCAAAUUAUUAACAGAUCCAAAGAACGGGGAACUGAUAUUUGCCAAUCCAAUUGCGGUGCUCAAGAAGGUAGAAAGUCUUCCAAAUGUAUCAUCAGCUGAUGUCACAAAAAUAUUGACUAACCACAAUGUUUCGCUAAAAUCCUUUUCAAAGAAGGAAGUUAAGAAAGCGAUUACCGAAAUUGUUCUUGAACUGAGAGACAAUGUUUCAUCCUUCAAUUUGUCAUUUGUACACGAACGGCUUAGAGAAAGAGGAAUUUUCUACAAAGCCUAUGGCUACGAAUCAUUUAAAGAGCUAUUUGAUGAGUGGGCGCAAGAACAUACUUCUAUUCCACUGGGUGUUAAAAGAAGUAGCGGCGAGAUGGUCUUUUUGUGA